AUGAACGCAGAAGACCUCGCACUGGACGCCAACUUGUCCAAGUUCAAGGAGGAAUCUAGACCCCUAUCUCCACCCUUGCGCGGCCACCUGCUCAGUACCAGUUCGUGGAUAAGGGUAGCUCAUAAUCAUUUUGCAAGGCGUUUGGACCUCCUCAACGCAGCCCUGGCUCUCGAGAACAAGGUCGAGGAAAGCAAAAAGAAGCGGGCUAAAACCACAGCGCGCCGGAAGAAGAAUCAAGAAAUCGAGGAUGCCUAUCACUUUGUUGCAUAUGUGCCAAAUCACCGGGACCGUAGCGUGUGGGAACUCGAUGGGCUGAAGUUCAACCCUCGCUACGUCGGAAAAUUCGAGGAAGGUGCGCACUGGACGAGUAUAGUCCAGCCUGUGAUCCAGGAAAAGAUGAUGGAGUACGAGGACAGUCAACUGGCGUUUAGCCUCCUGGCUCUUUGCGGAGACCGUCUGGCCUCACUGCGGCGUCAACUCGCUCUCAACAUCCAUUACACGAAACUGCUGAAUGAUGCAUUCGGAAAAGAGUCUGCAUGGUUUAAAGAAGACGACGGCUCGUCUUCAUGCAAGGACCAUAUCAGCAACUUCAGCGACAAGAGCAAACUGGACGAGUUCCAGCUCAGUGCCGACGAAGUUCAACUCAUCAUCAAGGGUUCAUCGGACGGGCUUCGGUUGCAAGAUAAAAUACAAGUGGGUGGUAUGGAAAUGGCCGAGGCGCUGCUUUUUAGAACGGAGCUCCGCCAGAAGCAGGAGCAGCUUCGGUCGGGGUAUUACACAGAAGUCGCGUCUGGGCCGGAGGGAGACGAGGACGGUGAUUCUCAGGAUGAAGAUCCCGGACGAAGGAAAGACCACACACCAGCCAUCCAUGAAUGGGUAACCAAGCUUGCCGAGCGUGGUAUGCUGAAGGAGCUUCAUGAACAGGUAAAAGCGCGAAACGGUUCAUAA